CAAAUUCUAAACUUUCCUUUUCCACGCAAAGUUUUUAGAUUACAAGGUUUAUAAGUCCUCGCAAGCGACGGAUGUCAAUUUUUGUAUUGUUUUUUCCUUCUAAAUUUGAAUUAUUUUCUUCUUCCAAAAGUUAAUUUCCAAAACAAAAAGCGAUACGUGUUUAUCCAUUUGCGUGGCACGUCAUGAUUAAUGGGGGACAGAGUACUGUAAGAGACGAACGGCGGGGUAAGCGAAGGAAAGAUCGGAAUGGACGGCCCUCCAGGCGGCGAUCUGUGUUCGGUUUGCCAUGGCAACUUCGACACUCCUUGUCAGGCCAAUUGCUCUCACUGGUUUUGCGAACCUAGAAAUUUCCCAAAGAUGAAGCUUUUUUUUGCCACAAACCAAGUUGGGACAUAUGUAGAUGAUAUCAUCUUUUAGGGGUCCUUUACAGAUUGGGGGCCCUAUGCAAGGGCACCUAUCGCACAUGCUCAAAACCAGCCACAGAUAACGGAUCAAGUAUAACACUCUGAGUGAAAUUGUAUUAUGCUUGUUUGGCAUCAUGGAUCGGCAGUUCGCCCUUGUAAAUGCCCGCUGUGUCGUCGUCCCAUCACUUUGUUGGUUCCAAGUAGGGCUUCUUCAAGGCAGCUUAAUAGGCCGGAGGUUGCGGAGAUUCUAAGGAAGGUUGAAAGGUACAAUCGUGUUUUUGGAGGUCAUUCCAGAAGUCUUCUUCAGAGAGCGCAGGACCUUCCUUUUCUCCUGCGGAGGCUGCUGCGAGAACUAAUUGAUCCUGAUAGAUCUCUUCCCCUUGUUAUAAGGGCUCGUGUUUGGAUUGCAAUGAUAAUGGCUGCUGCGUACCUAUUCAGUCCUUUUGACUUCAUCCCGGAAGCAAUAUUUGGUAUAGCCGGUCUCCUGGAUGAUUUCUUCGUAGUGCUCAUUGUGUUCUUCCAUGUUGCUGCCAUUUAUCGGUCAGUACUCUAUCGCCGUCAUGGAGGCUCCUGAACUGUGCGACCAUGGAAAUUUUUAAUCACACAGAAAAAAACAGGGAAGGAGCUGGAUUUUAUAUUUUUCCCGUUAUAUGGGGUCGAAAAAUCGGAGAUGAUUCACGAAAGAUAGGAUUGUACAAGAAGGCCAUCUAUACAUUUCAGCGUAGUUUCGGUUGAUUUUUAAACUAUUUCAUGCUUAAUUACCAUGAUUUUUGAACUA